AUGGUUUAUUAUCGUGCAAGACUUGAUAUGCUUGUGAAACGCGUGGACCACAUUGCUGCGGAGCACAGUGUGCUCCUCGGCAAAUUUGAGCAACUUGGUGCUGCUGUCCUCGACAGCCAGCGUUCAAUCCCUGCCUGCUCGAUGGCAGCUGCCGUCCGACAAAAUCAGCAUUUACGCAAUGUUGAUGAAAACGUAAUUCGGAACACAGUGAUCGGAUGGUUUCACGGCUCUCGUGACCGGUAUGGUGGAAUGCGGGGUAAAAGGAAGGACGUUGUCCAGGGAGGCUACCUGGACUUACUUAACUCAGAGGCCACGGUUAUUAUCAUCGUACUUGCAUAUCUUCUCUGUUAA